AUGAUACCACAAGACGUGAUCGAAAAAGCACUAUCCAGAGCCCAAGAAAGCGCAUCACAUAGCUGGGAACACAGCACAGUAUUUGAAGCCCUCCUUGAAUACCGCAACCCAUCCUACAGCGUCUUCUCCCCCGACCCGUUUCCAAACGGCGCAACGCCAAGACUGAAGAUCCAAGACAUUGACGCCCUACGCUAUGUAAGACCGCUGAUCCGGACCGAUACCCCAACGCUCAGCGAAGACAACGGCUCAUCAGCAGACCCAACAUCCCUGUGUCUCCCCACCCUCCUCCUCGCUCACUCCCCAUCCCUCCCCCCUUCCACCAGGACUACCUAUUCCACCGCACUAUCCCGCCAACUCGACCAGCUUCUAAAAGAAACACCGCGUUUCCCAAACGGCGCGCUAUCCCACCGCUCAGCGUACCCCUCACUAUGGUCCGAUUUCAUCUACAUGGCGCCACCCAUCCUCGCCUACAUUGGCGUAUCAAACCGCAAUGUAUCUCUAAUCUGUGAAAGCGUGCGCCAGUGCAAAUUGUACUGCGAGGUCCUAGGUACACCAUCGGGUUCUUGGCGCCAUAUUGCCAACCUUAGCCCUACUACCGCGGAGAAAGUGAAACAAGAUGACGGUGCGUGGAGCACGAGUAACGCGUGGGCGGCAGCGGGCAUGGCACGUGUACUAGCUACCCUGCUGCACUCUCCCUUUGCCGCGCAGACGAAAGCAGAGCAAGUCUUGCUUGUUGAAAUGAUAAAAGGUAUUCUGGAUGCAGCGAGAGCGGUGGACACGCAUCCCUCGCGUCUGCUGCGCAAUUAUCUAGAUGAUGAGAGUGCGUUUGUGGAGGUGGCGGGGACGGCGUUGAUGGCUGCGACGGUGUUUAGAAUUGCGGGUUUGAAAGGCGCGGGUGCGGUGUUUGGGUGUGAGUAUACCGAGUGGGCGAGGGAGAAGAUGAGGGCUGUGGCGGAACAUGUUGAUGUGCGGACGGGGGUUGCGGCGCCGGUUGUGAAUUCGCUGAGAGAAAGGGAGGAAAUGCCACUGGGAGAGGUUAAUCCCGAGGCACAGGCGUUUGUUGUUUUGUUGUUUGCUGCGUGGCGGGAUUGGAGUCAAGCUCAAUCACUGUAG